UACAUUCACCUUAAAUAUAUAAACAUAGACGCGUAACGACAUCAUUUAUCACGUCUUUUAGUUUCGUCCCAGGGUUUUCUCGGUGUAACACGUGUUAGCUUCUUGCUAACUAUGAAGAUGAAGAAACAACCAAACAUCCUGUUGACAGGAACACCUGGCGUUGGAAAAACAACCCUGGGAAAGGAGCUGGCUCAGCGGACAGGACUGACUUACGUUAACAUCGGUGAUCUGGCUAAAGAAGGAGAUCUGUAUGAUGGUUAUGAUGAGGAGUACAACUGCCCCAUUCUGGAUGAAGACCGGGUGGUGGAUGAGCUUGAAGACAAGAUGGCGCUUGGCGGAGUGAUUGUGGACUACCACGGCUGUGAUCUGUUCCCUGAGCGCUGGUUCCACAUUGUGUUUGUCCUGCGCACAGACAACACUCAGCUGUACACGCGUCUUGAGAACAGAGGCUACACCGGCAGGAAGCUGCAGGAAAAUGUGCAGUGUGAAAUCUUCCAGAGCAUCUACGAGGAGGCACGGGAGGCCUACAAAGAGGAGAUCGUUCACCAACUGCCCAGCAACACUCCCCAGGACAUGGACAACAACCUGGACCAGAUCCUGCAGUGGACUGAGCAGUGGAUCAAGGAGCACAACUAGCCUUAUGUAUGUCAAAUAUCUUUUCUACAUCAAGAAAUAAAUACCUACAAUAUCCAAA